AUGGAUCUUUUUUAUAUGGACCCUUACCUGUUUUUGACUUAUGAAGAUGUGUUGAAGAAAAUUAUUGAAGAAAAUGAUGACAUAUGCAAGGGUGCCCACUUGUGCUUUGCAACAGCAUCAUCAACAUUUUCGUGCAUUGAGGAAAUUCGGGGAGACCCAAAUGUCAAUGUAAUUGACAUAAACAAAUCUUUUGGAAUGAGAUUUUUUACCCCUUAUGUUACACAACAUAAAUAUGGCUGUGUAUGUCAGGAACUAACCGAUAAGGAACCUACUCAACGAAAUGCCUUUGACGUGAUGAUGGAGAGUGCCAGAAGAGUAGCAUUAGAUGCAGUGCCUGUUCCAAUUCCAGAAAAUAGUAAUUUGGGCAAGAUGUACAAUGCAGUGCUUCCGUUUUGCCUUGAGAAUGGAAGCACAUUUCCAAGUAAUAGUUCUGCCUCAGUUGGAAAGACAUUUAUUAAACAUCUUGCUUCUUUGUUAUGGUAUUUAGAUGGUCAUUAUAGUAAAAUCAAUGACAAUGAAAACAAGGUGCCGGAAACUUUUGUCAAGAAUUUCAUUGGUAUCAAGUCACCAGAAUUAUAUAAACAUUGGAAAAGGCCAAUGUUAAUCUCACAUUAAAGAAGUCACUCAGUGCAUGCCCUUCUUUCAGGGUGAAUCUUGGAAAGACACAAGUUUCAUGAUCUUCGGGCUCCUUAGUAACAUUGAUGAGUAUGUUUUCUACCUGCGCAAGAAAUGUAAAUUGGUAGAAUUUGGGCAAAGUACGCUGCGGCCAAAUUUUGAAGAAAAAGCAAAUGUUGAAGGCCAAUACUGCAAUAAAGAUUCAAGCAUUAAGGAAUCUGGAUAACAAGCUCAGUGAUACUGCCGUGUUUACUCCAAUCUGUGUAAGAGAAGAGUAGUGUGUAUAUAAUUAUUAUUAUUUUUCCAUGGGGGUGUGGGAACCAAGAAAAAAUAACUGGAAAUAGUAUUAUGUGAGUGUUGUGAAUUGGGUGUGUUAGGGCGUUGACUGGGUCUGUACGGAUGGGGGGAACUUUGUGUGUCACAUGGUUUUGUAUAAGAUUGUAUUGUGUGUGUGGUGAUUGGCUAUUUUUUCUUGGUUCCCACACCUGAUUCGUCACUAUAGUGACGGUCGAUGAGCACAUCCGAACCCUUGAUCGAUCAAAGUGAUUAGGAUUUGAAAGUGCACGCCAUUUUAUGGUUGGUGGGAUGACGUCAUGGUCGCGGGCUGUGAUUGGUGCAGGGGAUGGACCAAUGAGGAGGCGGUAUUUUGGAAAUGACGUCACACUCAUGUAAUGGACUAAUUGGAGUGCAGUAUUAUGAUGGAUAAUUAUGUAUGCAGAGGGACAAUGAGGGAUACUGAUGUGUAAUUUAGGUGUGGCUGAUGGAUAAUAAUGGAUAAAUGAUGGGUAAUUAUAGGGUACAUGAGAGUGAUGAGGGGUAAUAAGAAUGUCAUUGGGAUAAGUUGAAAAAAAUUUAUUAAAAAAAUAUUAAGUUAUUUACAAUUUUUUUCGCCAAAAAUACCUUUCUCUAAAUUUUUUCCAUAUACAGGAUUUGUUCUAAUAUAUUUUUUUGUUCUUUUAUCUUAUCUAAAGCUUUUUUUCUAUAGUCCGUAAGAAACUCAUAACAACUAUAGUGUUUUAUAUUGUGUACUUUUAUUUUUUCUUUGCUUCGUGUUAGUAUUGUUCUUUUUUCACUCCCAUCCAUCGCAUAUAAGAUAAGUUCUUGAGCGGUGAUUUUGUCAUUGUCUUGAUUUUCAUUUGCAAUGUUCGACAGCAUUUCAUUUUGUGUGGGUCUGCCAGCACUUCGUUUGUUUUCAUUUGUUUGCGGUGUUAUAUUAGCUAUACGUCUAUGUUUGUUCACAGAUUUUGGCGGUAUGUAUUUCUUUCGUGAUUUGAAUAUUUUUAUGACCUAGAGUUGCUGGUUGGAUUGGUGGUAGUGUUGCUGGCAGUGGCGAUGAUGAAGGUGUUGAUGUUGCAGAAGAUGUGGGUGGUGGGGGUGGUAGUAAUGUUGGGGGUUGUUGCGUGAUUAUUUCAUCGAAGAAGAGGUUGCUGGGUAAAUUUUCGAUGAGGUCAUUGGGAAGUCCUAGGUAA